GACUUUUCAGUCGUUAAAAUGAUGUGGCACGUCGCGUAGCGGCCGCAUUUUCUUAACCAACCGUAAACAUCUUUUUAUUUUCUCGAAAUCUCGUCAAAUCUUCGGAUUAAAUGCCGAUGCGUGAAUAUCCCGUUCUUCGUUCCGGAGUCCGGACCCGUCAAAAUACAGUACAAAUAAACCUGUUUAAUUUUCAUUAAUUAUUAACCUCAAAACGACCAACAAUAACGGAAACUUAUUAUAAUUUAUAUUUUUACCGAAGGCUGUGUAACACAUCGUAUAGAAUUUAACGAAAAACAAAAAUCGAAAUUCAUAGAUAAUGGAGCUGGUAGUAUCCGAAUUCGAAGAACUGAUGCUCUGCGGCUACUGCAAACAAAAGUACAACGACAGCGAUCUAAGCCCGAAACUCCUAUCGUGUAAACACUAUUUUUGUCUGCAGUGCACCCGCACUAACAUGACCAAAGGCCAAGAACUGUAUUGCGUCUAUUGUUGGAAAAGGACCGAAUUGGGCGAUAUGGGCCCUGAAUCGUUGCCCACUUACAGUCCCGCCCUGUGCCUAGCCAAAAAUUUCGGACAGAUGAGUUUGGGAACGAGGCCACCCGACAAAACACCGUCGACUCAAAAAGUUGGUUCAGAAAAUUGUCUCACCCACGCUAUGCCCCUGGUACUAUGGUGUCACUCGUGUGGCAUACCGUUAUGUCGCGCGUGCGCGUCUACUGUAGAACAUACGACACACAAAAUAAAACCUCAGGGCGAAGCCAAGGAGCAUCUGGUAGCCGAGAUGCAAAUCGAUUUGACAUCAAUGAAUAAGAUGUUAUCCGAGAUCCAAAGACUGGCGAUGCAGCAGCGCGAAUUCCUGCUAAAAAUCCACGAAGCGUGCGUCACGCUUAAGACACACGUCGAAUCCGAACUUACGAAUAAUGCGUCACACUUCGAAAUCGGCGAAACUCGCGAUCUUUUGGCGAAACUCCGCGUAAAACUGUCAAUGGCCGAUACAUUGACGGACGUGCACAACAUCUACUCGAACCUAACGAUGGAAAAACACCGAUUACAGCUGCGCUACCACGAAAUGUACCUGCAGUGUCAACUGGACGACCUCAUCCGGACCGCUUCCGUCAUUUUCGAUUUUCAACUGCUCAAACAAGCAUUCAGUAACAUCAACCAUGGCGAACCAUUACUAAACACUCGUUUAAUUAACACGAAUAAUCCGCAACAGAACCCGAUUUUGUUUUUGGCCAACUAUUGUAUGGCUCAAUUGUACUCUCGUCACGUUUUGAGCAAACAAAACCUGGAUUUUCAUCAAUUAUUACCCUCUCAGGUGAUCAACUAUCAUCAGCAUCACUUGGCAACGCAACAAGAUAAUUAUACCGCGAUGUUGCCGAGUCCGCAGAUGCGCCAACCUACCAAUCCAUGUCCCUUUUAUUACUUUAACAUAGACGUGAAUGGGACGCAAUUGGGUAGGAUUGUGAUAGAGGUUCGCGCAGACGUUGCGCCGAAAAUGGCUAAGAAUUUCGAUAAGUUGGCAACAGGGGAGGCAGGGCUAAGUUACAAGGGUUGCCAAAUUUUCCAAUGUUGGGAGGGGGAAAGUGUAAUUACCGGGGACUACGAGUUGAAUAAUGGGAGAGGAGGUCGAUCGAUAUAUGAAGAUGGUUAUUUCUUACCAGACGAUACAAAAUUGGUUGCAUCAAGAGGCGCAGUAGGGAUGCGCAGAACGCAAAAGAGACACGAUAAUCUCGGCAUGGUUGGCUCACAGUUUCGGAUAAUACUUCAAGAGAUGCGAGGGUUCACGGGUAUUUUUGGUCAUGUGGCUGAGGGUUUGGAAUUGGUUGACAAAAUCAGCACUUUUGGGGAUACCGCCGGGAAACCCACAAAAAAUAUCGUUAUUUCCAAGUGUGGAAAGCUAUAAUAGGGUAAAUAUCGCUUUAUAUAUGCUUAGUUGUUAUGGGAUGCAGAUGAAUAUUUUGUUUUUAUUACGUGUUCGAGCGAUACGAUAAAUAUUUACUUUCGAAACAAGUUGAUUUUCGCUGAGUGGCAAAAAAUAUACCGGCAAUAAUGCCGAUAUUGUCUGUUUUUGUGGGUCACCUCAAAAAGUAUCAAUUGCUAACCAAUUAUCAGUUUGUUUUUCAUUUAAUUUUUUUAAACAAUUUCGUAAGUCUCAUGUAGAAAUACUGAUCCUGAUUCAUGCAUUGUAUUACGUAUAUGUCGCUCGGAUAACAAAACGUUAAAAAUCAGAUCCUUUAUAAAAUUAAUUAACUAGCCAUUGGAUUCAUCAGACUAAGGAUUUCUUUUUGACAAUUAUAAAAUUUGUCAGAAUGGGCAUUAGUAUAUUUAUUUUACAUCUACACGACUAUAUUAAACAAUAGACGGCUGUCAGUAUCAAACAAGAAUAGUUAUAAUGGUCUAUAUAAUCAAAUGUGAAACUGGCGAGUCUGACAAGAACCUGCGUCACACAACAAAAUGUUCUCGCCUAUCGUGUAUUUAGCAUAAUUAAUUAUUAUUCGGUGUAAUAGAUGUUUAUAUGUAUAGCUUCAGACACACUUCGCGAUCAGUGUUUACCUAUCUAAGCUUAAACAAACGGAUUUCGAUAUAUUAUAAAUAAAUUAUAUUUUCGUAUAAGAAUAAUCGGAUUCUUUACUGUUAACUAUUUUUUUAGCUUUGAACAUACAAAAUAAAUGGUUUAUAGUGUUAUUCUAUCAUCGAGAAAAUGAGAGUUUAGAGACCCGUUAAAGCUUUCAGAGUUUAUGCGACAUAGGUAUUGUUUUUAAUAGCGUAUAGUUUUUUUUGUUCCUAUAUAGAUGCAUUUAUUUAUAAAUUGUUAAAUAUCAGGGUGUUUAUUUUGGCUAAUUUUACCCCAUUCUCGUAGCAUUAAAAAAAAACACGACAGAUUACUUUUACAAAGCUUCUCGUUGUUUGUUAAAAAAAUAGAAAAUACCCUGUAUAUUAUUAUAUUAACACUCUUUUAGCAAAUAAACAUAAUGGCCUAAAUAGCCCGAAAAUCGAAUAUGAAUAUCAACGUAUGAAUUAAAUCAAAAAUUAAUUUUUACUUUGGAAUUUAUGGUUUAAAAUCAUGCGACGUAGCGCGAAAAGUACAAAAUACAUACGGUAUAUGUGACUGAACGACAAAAGAGAGUAGUAAAAUCGAUAUUCUAAUUUUGCUAAAUUAUAUUUUAUAUUACGAAACCGUAUACCUAUUAGCCUAGUAUAAAUAACGCAAAACGUAUUUUUAAAAGUAGUGCGUACAAGUCCGGUCCUACAUCAAUAUGAUAACACUCCUAGAAUCGGAUUUUUCCGGAGUUUCAAAUAUUUAAACCAAAAAGAAUCUUUUUGUAAUGAUCGGACGUCUCGUUAUAUAGUCGGUAUUUUUGUCUAAAUGUCAUGUUUCGCUAUAUGUGUACAUUGAAAACGAAAAUAAAUGGUGCAAAUAUAA